UUAUACUGUCUUCAAUUUUACGGUGGCGUUUAUAUUUUCUGGGGAUUUACGAGUCGCUGGGUUUAAUUUCCGGGAACGGGGCCAAAAUGUAAUUAGAAGAACUUUAAUGCUAGUUUUCUGAAUUACUGGGCCAAAUGUGUAAAUUAGAUAAAAUCCCAACAGAAUAGAACACCCAUAGUUACUGUGCCUAUUUCUGAACCGCUUUUCCCUCCAAGAAAAUUCUCUCCCAUCUUUCUCUCCGUUUCACAAUGUCACGGUGGUUUGAGCUCAAGCUUGGUUUUCCUGAAGCUAUUCUGCUCAAGAAGGCCGUAAGAGUCUUCACUCAGGUAGCCUAUUCAGACCGAGAGCUCCCCACUUCCAUGUUCAACGAUUUCAUCCCCAACAAUGCGGACCUCCAGUUAUCUCCGACCAUGGUCCUACUGGUUUCCACAAACUCGCAUUUUCGGCUUUCGGAAAUGACCACCGUGCUGGCGAUGCCGCGCUCCUCCAUGUCGAGAUUCUGGUGCUCCAAGAGCUGCCGCACGCUGUGUGUUUCUCUGCACAGGUUGAAAUGCCUACUGGAACGCAGCGCUGGGGAUUCAGUUACUCUUUAUGGUGAUGAACAAGCUGUUGAUAGGAUUUUCUGUGAAAUUGGGGAUGAUGAUGGCAUCAAAUACUCCUCUACACUGCCAGUGAUUUCAUGGUGGGAUCAGAUUCAGAUGGACCUGGGUUUCGUAGGAUAUGAAUAUCCAAUGAGGCUGGGCUUGUCUUCAGAGAUUUUUUGUUCCGUUAUCACUGAAUUGGAUUCUCAUGGGUUUAAAGUUCAUGCCAAAGUAUCAGAAACCCAAGUUGUGUUCCGGGUAGUGAAUAACAAGACUGUCUUCAAAAGAAAGCCCGGGAUUUGCGAGAUUGAGAGUGUUGGUGAUAGAUAUCCGUUUGAAUUAAAGUUUGAUCUCCAGCACAAGAGUGCGUUUCUCAAUGCUGCUAGACUGUCAAAGAUGGUAUGGAUACUUAAGUCUGUGGAGUUGAUCACUGUGCUCAGCUUCCCUAUUCUUGGCCUGGGUAACCUCAUGUUUACGGCACCCAAUUAGUUGAUUUGAGAUGUAUAAAGGUGUUGUUGUUGUACUAAGUAGUCCAAUUGUGAGUGGAUAUGGCAAUUCUGCAGUAUAAUUGAAAUCCCUAAUGCAUAAGUAGAAAGGUGCUUAUAUGACUAUGAAGUAUGAACCUAUGCAUCAUUUCCUUUCUGAACAAUGCAGUUUUAAAUGAUGAACAAUUAGAUAGUUA